CCUGUGGGAAGCACAGACGUGCAGAGGCAUGCUUAGCCUUUAGAGACUGGGGUGCCACAGGCCGGGGUGAGAGGAGCAGCUGGGGUGUAUUCAGCUCCCACAUCGCUUUGGGGCUGCAUCUCACCACUCGUGUGCCAGGAACUGCUCAGAUACAUGUCGACAGUCCCGCCAUCCCCAGCUAGAGGGGUUGCUGCCAUCUGAGUGGGAGGCUACAGAGGCAGCUUUCAUGCUGUAAUGACAAGGAUGCUUAUACCAAGGGGGAGGACUAAAAACUUCUGAGCAAACAAAAAAAGCAAGAUGAAGCCAACACAGAGCUCAGGGCUCUUGAGGUCAAAAAAUGAGUCUGUGUAUAACAUGAGUCCUGCAAAACGGUUACCGGAGUUACCACCCCUACUUGCUUCUGUGUCCGCUGCGCCUUCAGAAUUGUAUCAGCUUGUCCUUAAUAGCAGCUGUUAUCCUCCUUUAAUGCAACAAGCAUCAUGGACUUUGGCAGCUCCAUUCAAAGAACAGAAUUACUACCGAAGCCUAAGUGAUUCCAUAGCUAAUAACUAUACUCUUACUGCACGGGAUUUGAAUAUGAAAAAUGUGAACGAAUUAAAGUUGUCUUCAAUGACAGGGACAUCAGGGGGCUCAGCAAAGCAGAAAACAGCCUCAACGUCAUCGGAAGAAUUUUGUCCUUCCAGGAGAAAGCUCAAACUUACACAAAGAAGUCAAUGGAUUUCUGACAGAAUUAAACCAACUUCACUGAAAAGUUUGGAUACCAUUUCACUGAGUGCACUUGCUCAUAUGCCAGAAUUACGUGACUUCCAUUAUUCAGACAGCCAGCCAUUGACCCCAGAAGAACAAUUUGUUAUCAUGCACUUACAUGAGAAGGAGAUAAGUAAGCGAGAAAAGCCACCUUCAAUAAAUGAUAUAGAGCGGUACUGUUACUACAUACAUAAUGGAGUGCGGGAAGACAUGCUGGCGCCUCAGGAUAAGGAAGUGAUUAAUGCAAUUUUAAAGCAUAUUCCAGCUCACAUUCUUGCUAACCCAAACCUGGAGGAUUUAUGUGCAAAUUUGAAAGAAGAGAUUAAGAGUGACUAUUGUAUCUAUCUCAUGAAAGCCAUUGUUGAUUACAUCUUGAUGGAUCCAGCUGAGAAAGAGAGACUGCUUAUUGGAAGUACCCCACACCCCUUUCCCCAGAGAGUUGUCCGUGCACCAGUCCCAUGGCACAGCUCUUAUGUAGAAGCGAAAAGCUGGAAUGAAAGGAAUCUCUUCAUAGUGAAUCCAUUGAUGCCCACUUUGCAACAACUCUGGCUUUCUCAGUAUAGUCACCUAAGGUUUGUUCGUACUGAAGAAAUCCUUUCUGGAAACCUGCCACUGUUGCCUGCUGAUUUCAAGGAGGUUAUUCGAAGACACUGUGUGGAAGCUCAUGAUAUUCUUCAGAACCACUGGAUCCCAGCUUGUGCAUCCAUUUUCCGUGAUCAGAAAAGAGAAUGGCUUCAUUUUGCUCCUAAAAAUGACUGUGAUUCUUCUGAGCAGGUUGAAAGCUAUUUUUAUUCGGUGGCAAGUCUAAUGUCAUUACAAUUACGUGAAAUGGUUGUUAACUCCUUAGAAGAUCUUCUUGCAUUUUUUAUGAUCCACAAGGAUGGAAAUGAUUUUCCAGAACCAUAUCAAGAACUGCAGUUCUUUAUACCUCAGAUACUAAUAGUCAAACUCUAUGUGGAAGACCCCAAGAUUGUCUUUGAGCCACCUUUGAAAGAAUGUUGGGAUUUAAUCAGUCAUUGCUUCAGGGAAAUCCUGCAUAGUGCUGAGGAACUUCCAAAGGUAGAAAGAGUUCUGUUUCCAGAAUUAAAAAGAGAUGAUCUCAUCCUCCAUACAGUCAAACCAGAUGAAUCAUUAUUUAUAGAGUAUGUGAACAAACUUGAGAAGAUAUUUGAGAGCAACAUACUUGGUCCACAGAAGUAUUUAAACGUGUACAGGAAAUAUAGCAAUCUUUUGAACGGCAAUGCACAGCAAGAUGUCACAGAUUUCUUGCAAGGAGAUUUUUCUUUAGAAGGUUUAAGUGAGAAGAUUGACAGCUUUACAAAGCUGAAAAGAGAGAUUGCUUCCAUGCACGUCACUCUUCCUCUGGCCAUGUUCUGUCUGGAUGCUUUACAGCUGAAUGAGGAGCUCUGCAAUCGGACCCAAAAUCUUAAGGAUAGAUUGAUUGAAUUUGAAGUCACAGUAAACAGAGAAUUAAAUGAAAGAAUUUGUGGUGAAUAUAACUUGAUUGCAGGGAGAAUGAAUGAGCUGCCUAUGAACACUGUAGAGCUAGUGGAGUACAAUGCGUACUUAAAGAAAUCCAGUGAAGUUACUGUUGUCAAACUGAGAUGGGAGGUAGCUGAAGCAGCACGCAGAAUGGAAUUCCUCAUGGAUUAUGCUUUUCUUUCUGAUGAUGACAUACGCCUGAAUAGCACAGUUUUCCAUUGGCCUAAUCAGAUUGAGACAAUCUUUGAUAACAGCAGAUACGAGUUGUCUAACAAGAGGAAGCAUAUAGAGAAGGCUUUGCUUGAAAGGUGUUCUCAAUUUGAGGAAGCUCUUGAAGGUUAUAACAGAGAAGUAGAAAGCUUCAAAAAGCGGGGUAUGAUGACCACAGAAGAAAUGAAGAACAACACUGAAAAAUUUAAAGAGUUAAACAAGAAUCUAAAUAAUGCAGUAACAGAACAUGAGGCUAUUAAUAAAGAAGAGGAGUUACUUCAGUUGACCAAGAGUCAGUUUCCUCUACUGCAAAUUGUAAUUGCAAACAAAGAACCCUUUGAGCAACUUUGGACAACAGCAUAUAGUUUCCAUACCAGAUCUGAGGAGUGGAUGAAUGGAUCAAUCCAGAUGUUGAAUGCUGAAGAAAUUACUGAAGAAAUUGGAAGUAUGUGGAGGACUAUGUACAAGCUCACUAAGAGUUUUCCAGAUCUGCCUCAGCCUAGACGCUUAGCAGAAACUAUGAAAUUUAAGCUUGAUAAAUUUAAACUGCAUCUUCCUGUCCUGUCAGUUGCCUGCAAUCGUGGAAUGAGGGAGAGACACUGGGAACAGAUUAGUGAAAUUGUAGGAUGUGCGAUCAAACCUGAUGAAACUACUACUCUUAAAAACAUACUGGAUUUUGGACUCUCAAAAUAUAUUGAUAAGCUGGAACCUAUUGGAGCAGCUGCAAGUAAGGAAUAUUCCUUAGCAAAAGCAAUAGACAAAAUGAAACAAGAAUGGGCUAACGUGCAGUUCAGUCUGACGAAGUACAGGGGUACUGACACCAACAUCCUGUCAGCAGUUGAGGACAUCCAGCUUUUGCUGGAUGAUCACAUUGUUAAAGUUCAGACAAUGUGUGGCUCUCCCUUCAUCAAACCAAUAGAAGCUGAAUGCCGGGCUUGGGAAGCUAAACUGUGUUUAAUACAAGAUAUUGUAGAUAGCUGGUUAAAAUGUCAGGCAACAUGGUUGUAUUUGGAACCAAUUUUUAGUUCAGAAGACAUUAUAGCUCAAAUGCCUGAAGAGGGCAGAAAGUUUCGAAUUGUGGAUUCAUAUUGGAAGGACAUUAUGGCACAAGUGGUGAAGAGCACAAAGGUACUUGUAGCAACUGAACAACCCAUGAUGUUAGAGAAACUUCAGGAAGCAAAUGCCCACUUAGAAGAUAUUCAAAAGGGGUUGAAUACUUACUUGGAGAAGAAAAGAUUAUUUUUCCCAAGAUUCUUUUUCCUGUCUAAUGAUGAGCUACUUGAAAUACUGUCUGAAACAAAGGAUCCCCUUCGAGUGCAGCCACAUUUAAAGAAGUGUUUUGAAGGAAUUGCUAAACUGGAAUUCAUAGACAAGCUGGAGAUCGUAGGCAUGACCAGUUCAGAGAAAGAAACUGUUCCUUUCAUAGAUAAAAUCUAUCCAGCAAAUGCAAAAGGCAUGGUAGAAAAAUGGCUUUUGCAAGUAGAGGAAAUGAUGCUGGCCAGUGUAAGACAAGUUAUUGAAAAUGGCAUAGGAGAAUAUAUCGAGGUUCCUCGAAAAACAUGGGUACUUCAGUGGCCUGGACAGGUGGUUAUUUGUGUUUCAUCCAUUUUCUGGACAGAAGAAGUGUCUGAGGCUAUAAGGAAAGGAACUUUACCAGAUUUCUUGGAGAAGAGCAAUCAACAAAUUGGGGACAUUGUUGAGUUAGUGAGAGGACAGCUGUCCAGUGGAGCCCGGCUGACACUUGGAGCUCUGAUUGUUAUUGAUGUGCAUGCUCGUGAUGUGGUUGCAAAAUUGGUUGAAGACAGAAUCACAGAUCUGAAUGACUUCCAGUGGAUUUCUCAGCUGAGAUACUACUGGGAAGAGAAGGAUGUAAUAGUGCGAAUGAUUACAACAGAAGCCAGAUAUGGUUAUGAGUAUCUGGGCAAUUGUCAGCGUCUGGUUAUAACCCCCCUAACAGAUCGAUGUUAUAGGACAUUAAUGAGUGCCUUGAAAUUAAGUCUUGGUGGUGCCCCAGAAGGACCUGCUGGGACUGGCAAAACAGAAACAACAAAAGAUCUAGCAAAAGCCCUAGCUAAGCAGUGUGUGGUCUUCAAUUGCUCCGAUGGUCUUGAUUACAAGGCAAUGGGCAAGUUCUUUAAGGGGCUGGCACAGUCUGGUGCAUGGGCCUGCUUUGAUGAGUUCAACAGAAUUGAGAUUGAAGUAUUAUCUGUAGUUGCCCAACAAAUACUUAGCAUCCAGCAAGCUAUUAUUCGCAAACUCAAAACAUUCAUCUUUGAAGGGACAGAGAUCUCUCUUAAUCCAACAUGUGCUGUGUUUAUCACGAUGAAUCCUGGGUAUGCUGGACGGGCAGAGCUGCCUGAUAAUCUGAAGGCACUGUUCCGAAUGGUUGCCAUGAUGGUUCCAGAUUAUGCUUUGAUUGGAGAAAUUUCACUUUAUUCAAUGGGAUUUCUGGACUCUCGGAGUCUUGCCCAGAAAAUUGUUGCCACUUACCGUCUGUGCUCUGAGCAGCUGUCAUCUCAGCAUCACUAUGAUUAUGGAAUGCGUGCUGUUAAAUCUGUCCUGACAGCAGCAGGAAACUUAAAAUUGAAAUACCCAAAUGAAAAUGAAAGCGUAUUGUUACUUCGGGCUUUGAUGGAUGUUAACUUAGCCAAAUUCUUGGCACAGGAUGUACCAUUGUUUCAGGGCAUCGUAUCUGACCUGUUUCCUGGAGUGGUUCUUCCUACACCAGACUAUGACCUGUUUAUCAAGGCAGUAACUGAAAAUAUAAUAAAAAUGAAUCUUCAACCAGUUCCAUGGUUUAUUGGAAAAAUUAUACAGAUAUAUGAAAUGAUGCUGGUGCGCCAUGGUUUUAUGAUCAUUGGAGAUGCUAUGAGCAGCAAGACCUCUGCGUACAAAGUGCUAGCUGGAGCCCUUGGUGAUUUGUGUUCAGCAAAAUCCAUGGAUGAGUUUGCUGUUGAAUACAAAGUUAUUAAUCCCAAAGCAAUUACUAUGGGACAGUUGUAUGGCAGUUUUGAUCCUGUAAGCCAUGAGUGGAGCGAUGGAGUUCUUGCAAAUACCUUCAGGCAGCAAGCAACUUCUACCACAGAUGAUCGGAAGUGGAUUAUUUUUGAUGGCCCGGUGGAUGCAGUUUGGAUAGAGAACAUGAACACUGUGCUGGAUGAUAAUAAAAAGCUAUGCUUAAUGAGUGGUGAAAUAAUUCAGAUGAAUUCAAAAAUGAGUGUAAUCUUUGAGCCAGCUGACUUAGAGGAGGCAUCUCCAGCAACUGUCAGCAGGUGUGGUAUGAUCUAUAUGGACCUGCAAGAAUUAGGUUGGAAGCCACUGAAGGAUUCCUACAUGAGUACACUGCCUCCAAACCUACAGGAAGAACACCGAGAGCUGGUCAAUGACAUGUUUAUGUGGCUAGUCGAUCCCUGUUUAGAGUUCAUUCGCUUUAAUUGCAAAGCCAUUGUACAGAUGUCUUCUAUUCAUCUGAGUUACAGCUUGAUGAGACUCUAUACUUGUCUGCUUGAUGAAAUAAGCCAAUCUGAGGAAGCUGAGAAGCCAAGCAUGUCUACUCAGCAAAUCAUGCUGUGGCUGCAGGGUCUUUUCCUUUUUGCUUUGGUUUGGACAAUUGGUGGGAUCAUCGAUGCAGACAGCAGGAAGAAAUUUGAUGUGUUUUACCGCAACUUGCUAAUGGGAAUGAAUGAUGAAAACCCACGCCCUAAUAGUGUGAAGAUUACCAGAAACAAUAUCUUCCCAGAAAAAGGAAGUGUUUAUGAUUUCUAUUUUCACAAGCAUGGCAGUGGGCACUGGAACAUGUGGACUGACUACAUCACAAAAGAAGAGCAAGUUAUUCCCCCAGGGGCUAAGGUAUCAGAGCUGAUCAUUCCAACAAUUGAAACUGCCAGACAGAUGUUUUUUCUUAAAACAUAUGUUGAGCAUAAUGUUCCUUUGCUUUUUGUGGGUCCUACUGGCACUGGAAAGACAGCUAUAACAAACAGUUUUCUACUACAACUUCCAAAGGAAAAAUACGUGCCAAACUUCAUCACCUUCUCUGCAAGAACCUCUGCUAACCAAACUCAUGAUAUGAUUAUGUCCAAGCUGGACAGAAGAAGAAAAGGAUUCUUUGGACCCCCUUUGGGGAAAACAGCUGUAAUAUUUGUGGAUGACUUAAACAUGCCUGCAAAGGAAGUGUAUGGAGCCCAGCCACCUAUUGAGCUUCUCAGACAAUGGAUUGAUCAUGGUUACUUCUAUGACAAGAAAGAUACAUCCAAGAUUAAUAUCGUAGAUACGCUGCUGAUUUCAGCUAUGGGUCCACCUGGAGGAGGCAGGAAUGAUAUUGCAGGACGCUUCACACGGCACUUGAAUAUUGUAUCUAUCUGUUCUUUUGAUGAUGAAAUAUUAACCAAGAUUUUUAAUGCAGUUGCUGAUUGGCACUUCAGCAAAGGCUUUGAACCUGUGUUUCUGAGGCUGGGUAAGAUGAUGGUUCAAGCGACAAUGGUGAUUUAUAAAAUGGCAGUUGAUAAUUUUCUCCCAACUCCCUCAAAAUCCCACUAUGUCUUUAAUCUACGGGAUUUUUCCAGGGUUAUUAAAGGAGUGCUGCUCUGUCCACACACUCAUUUGCAAGAUGGAGAUAAACUGAUCAGACUUUGGAUUCAUGAGGUCUACCGAGUUUUCUAUGAUCGCUUAGUUGAUGACAAGGACAGGAAAGUAUUCUUUCAAAUGGUACAAGAGACAACAACAAACAGCUUCAAGCAGGACUUUAAUAAGAUACUGAGCCAUCUCUCACCCACUGAAAAUGUCUCUGAUGAUAAUAUUCGCAGCCUGUUCUUUGGAGAUUAUUCAGACCUGGACACUGAUGUAAAAGUGUACGAUGAAAUCACAGACUUAGAGCAACUGACAACUGUGAUGGAAUACUACCUUGAGGAAUACAACAAUAUCAGCAAAGCACCUAUGUCCUUAGUUAUGUUCAAGUUUGCUAUUGAACAUAUCUCAAGGAUAUGCAGAGUAUUGAAACAGGAUAAUGGACAUCUGUUGUUGGUGGGCGUUGGUGGGAGUGGUCGACAAAGUGCUACCAAGCUGGCCACCUUCAUGAAUUCCUUUGAACUCUUUCAAAUUGAAAUUACGAAGUCCUAUGGAGUCAGUGAAUGGAAAGAUGAUGUUAAACGAGUGAUGCUGAAAGCAGGUGUUAGUAACAAGAAUGUGUCCUUUUUGUUCUCUGAUAAUCAGAUAAAGGAUGAAGCCUUUGUAGAAGAUAUCAACAUGCUUUUAAAUUCCGGUGAUGUGCCUAAUAUCUUUGCAGCAGAUGAGAAAGCUGAAAUUGUUGAGAAAAUGCAAGCUGCAGCAAGGAUGGAGAACAGGAAAAUCGAAACCAUUCCCCUUGCUAUGUACAAUUUCUUUAUUGAAAGGGUGAAGAAAAAUUUGCAUAUUGUCUUAGCCAUGAAUCCUGUUGGAGAUGCAUUUCGGAAUCGAUUACGAAUGUUCCCUUCACUGAUAAACUGCUGCACCAUCGACUGGUUCCAAACCUGGCCUACGGAUGCUUUGGAAAUGGUUGCUAACAAGUUUUUAGAGGAUGUUGAACUGGAAGAUGAUAUUAGAAAAGAGGUUGUGUCAAUGUGCAAAUAUUUCCAAGAAAGUGUGGGAGAGCUCUCCGUCAGCUAUUAUGCUACACUGCAAAGACACAACUAUGUGACACCAACUUCAUACCUAGAACUGAUUCUUACCUUUAAGACUCUGCUGAAUAGCAAAAGGCGAGAAGUUGACACGAUGAGAACUCGUUAUCUUAUAGGACUUGAAAAACUUGACUUUGCAGCCUUACAAGUUGCAGAGAUGCAGAAAGAACUGUCUGCCCUUCAGCCUGAACUGAUUAAAACUUCUGAAGAAACAGACAAAAUGAUGGUCCGUAUUGAAAAGGAAACAAUUGAAGUAGAUGCAAAAAAAGAACUAGUGUCAGCAGAUGAAAAAGAGGCUAAUGAAGCAGCAGCUGCUGCUAAAGCUAUUAAGGAUGAAUGUGAAGGAGACCUUGCUGAGGCCAUGCCAGCUUUGGAGGCAGCACUUUCAGCUCUUGAUACUCUGAAUCCUUCAGACAUCUCUCUUGUAAAAUCCAUGCAGAAUCCACCUGGUCCUGUUAAGCUCGUAAUGGAGAGUAUCUGUGUCAUGAAGGGAGCUAAACCAGAGAGAAAGCCUGAUCCAAAUGGCAGUGGUAAAAUGGUAGAAGACUACUGGGGGCCAUCUAGAAAACUUCUUAGCGAUCUGAAAUUCCUGGAGAGCUUAAAGACAUAUGACAAAGAUAAUAUUCCUCCUGCUAUAAUGAAGAAAAUUAGAGAGAAGUUUAUUGAUCAUCCAGAUUUUCAGCCAGCUGUCAUAAAAAAUGUCUCAUCUGCCUGUGAAGGACUAUGCAAGUGGGUACAAGCCAUGGAGGUAUACGACCGUGUUGCAAAAGUGGUUGCCCCAAAGCGUGAACGUUUGAAGGCUGCAGAAGAAUUACUGGAGGUUCAAAUGCAGAAGCUACAAAUCAAACAAGCAGAACUUAAGGAGGUAGUUGAUCGCCUCCAAGCUUUGAAUGAUAAGCUUGACAACAUGAUUGGACGGAAGAAAGAAUUAGAAGAUAAUAUUAAACACUGCUCACAAAAGAUUGUGAGAGCUGAAAAGCUGAUUAGUGGUCUUGGUGGAGAAAAAGAAAGGUGGACAGAAGCUGCACGAUUAUUAGGAAUUCGGUACAUAGACCUUACAGGAGAUGUGUUGUUAUCAUCAGGAACUGUGGCUUAUCUGGGAGCCUUUACUGUUGAUUACCGCCUAAAAUGUCAGCAGCAAUGGCAGGUCCUUUGUAAUGAAAAGAACAUACCAUGCUCCAGUUAUUUUAGCUUAAGUAAUACGUUAGGGGAUCCAGUCAAAAUCCGUGCAUGGCAGGUUGCUGGAUUACCAGUUGAUUCUUUUUCCACUGACAAUGGCAUAAUUGUUUCUAACUCAAGAAGAUGGGCUUUAAUGAUAGAUCCUCAAAGGCAAGCUAAUCAGUGGGUAAAAAACAUGGAGAAAACUAACAGGCUGUCAGUUAUCAAAUUAUCUGGCACACAUUAUGUGAGGGUAUUAGAAAAUGCUAUUCAGCUUGGAACACCAGUCUUGCUAGAAAAUGUUGGUGAAGAACUAGAUGCUUUCAUAGAACCCAUUUUAUUAAAGCUAACGUUUAAACAACAAGGAGUAGAAUACAUUAAAUUAGGGGAAAAUAUAAUUGAAUAUUCAAGAGAUUUCAGGUUUUACAUAACAACCUGCUUAAGAAAUCCUCAUUAUCUUCCUGAAGUGGCUGUGAAAGUUUGUCUAAUCAACUUUGUGAUUACACCUUCGGGUCUUCAGGAUCAACUUCUUGGAAUUGUAACUGCAGAGGAAAAACCUGAGCUAGAAGAAAAGAAAAAUAAACUUAUUAUAGAAAGUGCAGCCAACAAGAAACAACUAAAGGAAAUAGAAGAUAAAAUCCUGGAGAUCCUUUCCACUUCAGAAGGAAAUAUCUUAGAAGAUGAAACAGCAAUUACUGUUUUGUCUUCAUCCAAAGUUUUAUCUGAAGAAAUCUCUGAAAAGCAAAAAAUUUCCUCUAUAACUGAGAUGCAAAUAGAUACUACUCGAAUGGGGUAUAAACCGGUUGCUGUUCAUUCAGCUGUUAUCUUCUUCUGCAUCUCUGAUCUGGCAAACAUUGAACCUAUGUACCAAUAUUCGUUAAUUUGGUUCAUUAAUGUGUAUGUUCAGUCUAUUGCUAAAAGCAAAAAGAGUGAAGAUCUAGAAGAGAGGAUUAAAAAUAUAAUUGAGCAUUUCACAGUGAGCAUCUAUAAUAAUGUGUGUCGUUCACUGUUUGAAAAGGAUAAGCUGUUAUUCUCCUUGCUUCUGACAAUAGGUAUUAUGAAGGGAAAAGACCAAAUAGAUGAUGAGGUUUGGCAUUUCCUACUGACAGGAGGUGUUGCUCUUGAUAAUCCUCACCCCAAUCCAGCUCCAGAUUGGCUAUCUGAGAAAUCAUGGGCUGAGCUCGUACGUGCAUCUAGUCUGACAAACCUGCAUGGACUAAUGGAACAUAUAAGAGAUAAUUCCUCAAAGUGGAAACUAAUCUAUGACUCUUCAAGACCCCAUGAAGAAGCCUUCCCAGAUGCUUGGAGCACACUGAUGGGGUUAGAUCGCUUGGUUAUUCUCAGAUGUUUGAGACCGGACAAAAUUAUUGCAGCAGUGCAGGAGUUCAUUGUGGAAAAUAUGGGAAGAACAUUUAUUGAACCACCUACUUUUGAUCUUGGAAAAAGUUACAGUGAUUCAAAUUGCUGUGCCCCUUUGAUUUUUGUAUUAUCACCAGGUGCUGAUCCUAUGGCAGGUUUGCUAAAAUUUGCUGAUGAUGUUGGCAUGGGAGGCGCAAGCAUUCAGACCAUUUCACUUGGACAGGGACAGGGCCCGAUAGCAGCAAAAAUGAUUUCUCAGGCUAUUACUGAUGGAACCUGGGUAGUGUUGCAAAACUGCCACCUUGCAACUAGCUGGAUGCCUGCUUUGGAAAAAAUCUGUGAGGAAGUUAUAGUACCUGAGAAUACCAAUGAUAAGUUCAGGUUGUGGUUAACCAGUUAUCCGUCAGAAAAGUUUCCUGUUAGUAUCCUCCAGAAUGGUAUCAAAAUGACAAAUGAGCCUCCAAAAGGAGUGAGAGUGAACCUUCUUCGAUCAUACCUUAAUGACCCUGUCUCUGACCCUGUGUUCUUUAACGGUUGCCAAAAGCCAGAAAUGUGGCAAAAACUGCUGUUUGGCCUUUGCUUUUUUCAUGCUGUUGUGCAAGAAAGGAGAAACUUUGGCCCGCUGGGUUGGAAUAUUCCGUAUGAGUUCAAUGAAUCUGACCUCAAAAUUAGUAUGAGACAGAUCCAGAUGUUUCUGAACGAAUAUGAAGAAGUCCCAUUUGAAGCUCUGAUGUAUCUUACAGGGGAAUGUAACUAUGGAGGCAGAGUAACAGAUGAUAAAGACAGGCGUCUUCUCCUGUCCCUUCUUUCCAUAGUCUACAGCAAGGAUAUGGAGCAGGACAAGUAUAUGCUUACAGCUGGAGAUGACUACUACAUACCACCACAUGGUCCAUAUGAGUCUUACAUUGAAUACAUACGAAAUUUACCAAUUAUAACACACCCUGAAGUGUUUGGACUUCAUGAAAAUGCUGACAUCACCAAGGAUAACCAGGAGACUAACCAGCUUUUCCAUGGAGUGCUCCUGACUUUGCCAAGAGAAGCAGGGGGAAGUGGAAAGUCCUCUCAGGAAACUGUUGAAGAGUUGGCACAGGACAUCCUUUCCAAAUUACCAAGUGACUUUGAUAUGGAGGUGGUCAUGAAGAUGUACCCAGUACUUUAUGAAGAGUCGAUGAAUACAGUUCUUAGGCAAGAACUAAUUCGAUUUAACAGGCUUACUGAAGUUAUUCGGAGCAGUCUGAUUAAUUUACGCAAAGCCAUUAAAGGCCAAGUGUUGAUGUCAUCUGAACUUGAAGGUGUUUUCAACAGCAUGCUAAUGGGAAAAGUACCAUCAAUGUGGGCUGCCAAAUCCUAUCCAUCACUGAAGCCACUGGGAAGUUAUGUGUCUGAUCUCCUCUGUCGCUUGGUCUUCUUCCAGGAUUGGGUCAUCAAUGGGCCACCCACAGUGUUUUGGCUCUCAGGAUUCUACUUCACUCAGUCUUUUUUGACCGGUGUCUUACAAAACUAUGCCAGAAAAUACGCAAUCCCAAUUGACCAUAUUGGAUUUGAAUUUGAGGUGAUGCAACAGGAGCACACAAUGGAGAAAAUGCCAGAAGAUGGGGCUUACGUGAGAGGCCUUUUUUUGGAAGGUGCACGAUGGGAUAGAGAAUCCCUGGUAAUUGGAGAAUCGCUUCCAAAAAUCCUUCAUGAUUCUUUGCCCGUAAUUUGGCUGAAACCUGGAGAUAGUUCCAAAUUUUCUCAUAUGAACAUCUAUUUAUGCCCUGUAUACAAGACAAGCGAGAGAAAAGGUGUCUUAUCCACUACUGGCCACUCAACCAACUAUGUUCUCUCAAUUGAACUCCCAUCAGACAAGCCCCAGAAACACUGGAUAAAUCGAGGUGUGGCAGCACUAUGCCAGUUGGAUGACUGAGGAUACGUAUGUCAAACACUCAUAUUUUGUUAUUAAAAGAUAUACUUUAC